GAGACAGUGACCUCAGCCACGGCCCUGAGCUCUGCCUGUCCCAGCCAUGCAGUGGGCACCUGCCAGGCGGAGCAAGCCCCAGGGGCCGUCCUAAAGCAGGGGCGCGGUGUGAGGAGGCCUCCAGGCCCAAGGGGGGCACAAUGGACAAGUUCCGGAUGAUCUUCCAGUUCCUGCAGUCCAACCAGGAGUCCUUCAUGAACGGCAUCUGCGGCAUCAUGGCCCUGGCCAGCGCCCAGAUGUACUCUGCCUUCGAUUUCAGCUGCCCCUGCCUGCCGGGGUACAAUGCGGCCUACAGCGCGGGCAUCCUGCUGGCGCCCCCCCUCGUGCUCUUCCUGCUCGGCCUGGUGGUGAACAACAACGUGUCCAUGCUGGCCGAGGAGUGGAAGCGGCCCCCAGGCCGCCGGACCAAGGACCCCGCCGUGCUGCGGUACAUGCUCUGCUCCAUGGCCCAGCGCGCCCUCAUCGCGCCCAUCGUCUGGGUGGCCGUCACGCUGCUGGAUGGCAAAUGCUUCCUCUGCGCCUUCUGCACUGCCGUGCCCGUGACGGUGCUGGGCAACGGCAGCCUGGCCCCUGGUCUCUCUGCGCCCGAGCUCGCCCGCCUGCUGGCCCGGGUGCCCUGCCCUGACGUCUAUGAUGGCGACUGGUUGCUGGCCCGCGACGUGGCCGUGCGUUACCUGCGCUGCAUCUCCCAGGCCCUCGGCUGGUCCUUUGUGCUGCUGACCACGCUGCUGGCGUUCGUCGUGCGCUCUGUGCGGCCCUGCUUCACCCAGGCCGCCUUCCUCCAAAGCAAGUACUGGGCCCACUAUAUCAACAUCGAGCGCAAGCUCUUCGAUGAGACGUGCACGGAGCACGCCAAGGCCUUCGCCAAGGUCUGCAUCCAGCAGUUUUUCGAGGCCAUGAACCACGACCUGGAGCUGGGUCACACCCACGGGGCAGCAGCCACGGCCCCUGAUGGCUCAGCUGCCCCUGCGAUCACGGAUGGGGCCGAGGAGGAGAGGGAGAAGCUACGAGGCAUCACGGAUCAAGGCACCAUGAACAGGCUGCUGGCCAGCUGGCACAAAUGCAAGCCGCCCUUGCGGCUGGGCCAGGAGGAGCCCAUGCUGGGCAACGGCUGGGCGGGGGGCGGGCCCCAGGCUCCACGCAAGGAGGUGGCCACCUACUUCAGCAGAGUGUGAGCUGAGAUGGAAAAGUGAAUGAAGCCUGCCGGUGCCACAGCGCGGACCUCUGCGACAGACCCACAUGCACAGGCGCUCACCUGGGAGCUGGAAGGGGACAUCAGUGCCCCAGCUGCAAUACAGCAGUAUUAGUCAGAAGGCCUCAGAACUGGCUGGGGGGUCUGGGUGGACAAGCUCCCACCUGCCCAGCCCCCUCCCCAGCCAGUUCAUCUCUACUUCACUGUCUCCUCUUGGGUCCCAUGGCCACCCUCGCUGUGAAUUUUUAUGAUCUCUGUUCCCUUAUGCUCAAGGCUCAGGGAGUGGGAGGGCGGCUGGCUGUCUCACAAAGCAGGAACCCUCUGCUUUGGGUCCAUCUCCUGAAUGAGGCUGUAGCUGGGCCGUGAGGACAUGGCCCCCAGCCUCACUUGAUGUAACACACCUGCGGUGGCAGGAGAGGAGACAACAUGCCAGAAGUUAGGUCUACUCAGCAGAAGCCAGAGCGUGUGGUCACAUGGAGGCCACUCAACACUUGUCAAGUGGACUAUACAUUUAUUUAGUCCUGAGCACGAGAGUCUUCCUGUCUUAGCCUUGUGAAGCUGCUACAGCAGAACACCACAGAUUGAGUCGCUUAGAAACAACAAAACUUAACUUCUCCCAGUUCUGGAGGCGGGAGGUCCAAGAUCAUGGUCCUGUGAAGGUCACAUUCUAAUGGAGGCCCUCUUCCUGGUUCCAAAUCAGGGACUUCUUGCCAUGUCCUCACAGGUAGAAGGGGCAGGGGGCUCCCUGGAGCCUCUUUUCCAGGCACUGAUCCCAUUCAUGAAGCUCUGCCCUCCUGAUUAAGCACUUCCCAAAGGCCCCACCCCCUCACACCAUCCCCUUGGGGAGUUAAGAUUCAGCACAUGAAUCUGGGGGGACACAUUCAGACCACACCAUCCUCCCUUGGAGGGCUCCUUGGAGACCACCUGAAUGCCUCCUUCACAUCCCAGUCUCAGGGAAAUCAGACCUCCCCAGAGCUUGGGCAUUUAGA